AUGUCCUCUCCUAUUGAUGAGAAAUCGACUCUUGUCGCCACAAACGUCCUUACCAUCAAUCGACCUACUCCAUCUCGUACACAAUCCAAUCAAUCCGUCCUCAGCACAAUUCAAGAUGUCGAUUCCACCCACUCCUUAAGUCCAAGCCAAACUCGCUAUGAGAAGAAUAGUCUUUCUCAAGAAACCUCUCCAUUGUCCCCAUUCUACAAUCCCAACCCUACACGAUACUCGCUCGAAGCACAGAAAUCCUCAUCGAAGCAAAAUAUCACAUCCUAUGAUACCGAUGUUGAAGCUUGUCUUACACCACAACAAACAACAAAAAGUGGAGGUCUGUUGAUGAAGGCUAAGACGGGCGCGACGCAGGAAUGUACGGUAUGGCCAGGACAACAACAAAUGAAGAGGAAGAAGAAGGCUAUGAAAAAAGAUAGAAUGAGUGCAGGUAUCUGCGGUUGCAUGGCUGGUUUCGAUAAAAAGACGAGAGUUUGGAUUAAGGUCUUGAUUGCUUUGGUUGUGAUUGCGCUUGCUGUCGGUGUUGGAGUUGGAGUCUCUAGAGCUGUUGGUGGAGGAGUUUGGAAAAAUUCGCAGAGCACAAAUACUGCUAUUCCCAGCUAG